CCACCCGAAUGAGUCUUACUAUCUACAUAAUAAAUUACUGAAUGGAAAAUCCGCUAACAUUUGGAAUUGAUUUUCCAGUCCUGAUCCUGAAUCUCAAACUUUCAUCGCGCUAAUCUCAUUUAAUUCCACAUAUACCCUUACUGUUUUCUUAAAUUUACCAAACCAUGUUCAUGCUCGUCGACUGCUCCAAUUGCCGGACUCCGCUACAACUUCCUCCCGGCGCCCGAUCUAUACGCUGUGCUAUUUGCCAGGCUGUCACACACAUCGCCGAUACCCGCUCUGCUCCUCAUUCCUCUUACGCGGGCCCUACCCCGCCACCUACAUACGCCCCACCUCCGCCGUCUCCCUACAAUCACGCUCCUCCGGGGCCUCCUCCGAAUGCGCACGGUAGGAAGAAGGCGUUGAUAUGCGGGAUAUCGUAUAGGUACUCGAGACAUGAGCUCAAAGGAUGCAUAAACGACGCCAAGUGUAUGCGCCAUCUUCUAAUCAACAAGUUUCAGUUCCCCGAAGAUUCUAUUCUCAUGUUGACUGAAGAGGAAACUGAUCCCUACAGAAUUCCCACUAAACAGAACAUGAGAAUGGCAUUAUACUGGCUUGUACAAGGUUGUCAAUCUGGAGAUUCCCUGCUUUUUCAUUAUUCAGGGCAUGGUUCACGGCAAAGAAACUAUAAUGGUGAUGAAGUUGAUGGAUAUGAUGAAACUCUAUGCCCACUAGACUUUGAAACUCAAGGUAUGAUUGUUGAUGAUGAAAUCAAUGCAACAAUUGUCAGACCUCUUCCUCAUGGUGUUAAGCUUCAUGCGAUAAUUGAUGCUUGCCAUAGUGGUACAGUAUUGGAUUUACCCUUCCUUUGCAGAAUGAACAGGAGUGGACAAUAUAAAUGGGAGGACCAUCGUCCGCGAUCUGGCAUGUGGAAAGGAACAAGUGGUGGAGAAGUCAUUUCCUUCAGCGGUUGUGAUGACGAUCAAACCUCUGCUGAUACAUCUGCUCUAUCAAAGAUAACAUCUACAGGUGCAAUGACUUAUUGCUUCAUCCAAGCCAUUGAGCGUGGACAAGGGACUACAUAUGGGAGCAUUCUCAAUUCAAUGCGUGCUGCCAUCCGAAAUACUGGUAAUGACCUUGGCGGUGGGGCUGUGACAUCUCUUCUCACCAUGCUUUUGACAGGAGGCAGUAUUGGUGGGGGACUGAGACAGGAGCCACAAUUGACUGCCUGCCAGCCAUUUGAUGUAUAUACCAGACCUUUUUCUUUCUGAAGUUUGAAUAAAAGUAGACAUUGAUUAUAACUGGAUAUAAAGGAAGUGGUUUUCAUCUUAAUUUGUUUGCAACUGACUGGCUGUUUUGUAGAACAAGAUUCGUCGCGAUCCUCAUUGUGUCACAUCUUUUACUUUGUUUGGCACAUUCCUCCUCUUCAUAAAUGUGAUGUGCAAGUUCUUAAUAA